AUUGAUGCGAUCUGGAUCUGAGUGAUCAAAAUCAAGAUUUUUUUCCUUCUCUUCUUCCGCCAAAAAACUAAUUGACCUUUGAUCAAAGCCAACGUCUAGUCGCGCAUUGAUUAUUGAUUGACGUAUUCAUUGAGGACCUCUAAUCUAUUGCAUGCACGCUCUCGGGAAUCUGAUCUGUUCUUUGUAUUGCGUGCUGCGUACAAAACUCUGGCUCUAGACUCCUCCACCUGGACUUGCCCGUCGCUCUGAUCCUUAUUGUCCCAUUCAAGACAAAUAUUCUUUCAUUUCACUGCUCCUGGACUCGACAUUAGGACUACCAUUGUUAGCGCAAUGGCGGACAAUCCUAACCUUUCAGCGAUCCUCGCUGCUCUUAAUGCCGUGCAGCAGAAUGGCGCAUCUACGACGCCUACACAAGGCCAGAACCCUUAUGCUGUACCCAACUACCAACAACCUCUCCCGGGUGCACCUCCUGGUGUCGCUGGUGUCUAUUCAGCACCCCAAUCGAUGCCCCCUUCGAUGAACAAUCAAGCCCUUCCUCCCUAUAACACGUCUGGAUACCCUGCCCCUGCUCAGACUUCCGCCGUCGGAGGUUAUGAUUUAAGUGCUAUCAGACCUGUCAAUUCCGGUACUGUCAACAUUGGAGAUGCAAUUGCCCAGGCUAAGAACUAUGCAACUGAGAAGGGUUUGACCCCGUAUGAACGACCGCCGGCAGAUGCCUAUCAACAUGAUGCUCGUACUAUGUCCGCCAGGCAUUAUAGAUCUCGCUCUCGCUCGCCGCCUGCUCGUCGUGACGCGUUUCGUGAUAAUGUGAAUCCCUACAGGGAUGAACGACGCAAUGACCGUGGUGGUGCUCAUGUUCGUGACUAUGGUCGCGAUCGCGAUCGCUCAGGCUCUCCCGAGGACUCGGAGAUAAUCAACAUCGAUGCCGGCCUUGUGGGCUUAAUCAUUGGUCGCCAAGGCGAGAACUUGCGACGUGUUGAAUCAGAGACUCUCUGCCGAGUACAAUUCAUGUCGGCUAGUGGUGAACCCGCUGUGGUCCGUCAGUGCAAAAUUACCGGACCUCGUGCUAGACGUGCCGAAGCCAAGGCGGCAAUCAAUAGAAUCAUUGAAGACAGUGGCAUGGGCGCUAUUGCGCGCGCCGGCCUAGACAAGCAACAGCCUAACCGUCGCGAUCCCGCGCAUGCUCCCAACCCAAGUGCGUUGCGAGAAGGUGAGGAAUGCAUGCAGAUCAUGGUUCCCGACCGUACAGUCGGCUUGAUUAUCGGCCGCGGCGGUGAGACUAUAAGAGAUCUGCAAGAUAGAAGUGGUUGCCACAUUAACAUUGUUGGCGAAGAUCAGAGUGUGGAUGGUUUGCGACCUGUCAAUUUGAUCGGCAACGCGGCCGCAUCAACCCAGGCAAAAGAAUUGAUUCUUGAAAUCGUUGCGAGUGACAGUCGUAAUAACAACAACAACAAUGACAACAACAAUAAUCGACCCCGCCCUCAGAGAACUGAGCAUGUUCGUGACAACACUGGUAGCAAUCCCGACAAGAUCAAUGAUGCUAUCUACGUGCCUUCCGAGGCUGUUGGUAUGAUUAUAGGCAAAGGUGGCGAAACCAUCCGAGAGAUGCAAAACACUACAGGCUGCAAGAUCAAUGUGUCUGGUUCUUCAGGACCGAAUGAAGUUCAACGUGAAAUUGGCCUAGUCGGAUCUCGUGAUGCAAUCAGCAAAGCGAAGCGUGCUAUUGAGGAUAAGGUUGAUGCCGUGCGCCAGAAGAACAGUGGCGGCAACCAGAGUCGUCCACCUCGAAACCAGCACCAGCGACGUGAUUGGGACAAUCCUAACUAUGCUCAGCCAGCUAGCCAGGCAGCAGAACCUCCUGCUGCAGGUAAUUCGUCUGACCCUUAUGCGAUGUAUGGCGGCUAUGACCGUUAUGUAGCACUAUGGUAUUCGCUUUAUGCUCAGCAAAACUCGGCAAACCCUCCUCAGGGUGAGGCACCUCAGCCUCCCGGAGCGUAAACAUUUCCCACCGGACUUGCACACCACCGCCGCUCCGUGACUACAAUCUAUAGGUAUGCCUCUACGUGAAGACCCUUUUUUUCGCUUAUAGAGAAAGGGUCCCAUACCUGAGAAGAAAUGGGCCAUUACUCAGA